GACAACAACCGGAGGUGCGGUUCUAAGGUCAGGGUGUUUGCGGUUAUCUCCAAGCCUCUAAUUGCGGCUGGCUACCUGUAGCUUAAAUUGCUGGUAGUUAUUGCUGAUUAUCACUUUUUCAUAAAUACAUUCAGAUGAGAUGGCGCAGAAGAUUAGAGGACAUGCCGACAAUAAAUGUCCUUGAUUGCGCUGCUCGUCCGCAUUUGGUUCAUAGCAGCACAUCUGCACAUUCUUCCAUACCACUUGGUACCUCCAGGUGUUGACUGUUGUCAUUCCCAAACUAGUCCGUACUUAUUUGCCCUCACCCGACCACCAUAAAAUGGGAGAAGCUCAUGGACAUCCGACAGCGAGUCAAAUCCUGGUUAUUCUCGGAGUUUUGGUGACUUCAACUUGUGGUGUUUUGGGAGAUAAACCGGUCAUUUUUGAUGACAUACUUCGCUUCUAUGGUGGCGAUGGUUCCCUGACCCCCUUUGACAUAGAUACGUUUUUGGAUCGACUGAGCAACAAACCGAUUGAUCUAGGAGAUGUUGUGUCCAAAGAAUCAAAGUGUCUGUCAGGAGGUGAGGUCCUUGACCUGUACGGACUCAGCAACCUCACUCGUUUGGGUGAAGCUCAACUGCAUGAUAUCUGCCCUGCUCUCCUCAACCAAGCCCUGCUGCCCUCAUGCCCCCAAGAGAAGAAGACAACAGUGGACAGAGCUGUGACCAUCGAUGCCCGUGUGUGGGGGUUUGGCUUCUUGGCCGUCACCAUCAUCAACCUGUCGGCUCUGUUGGGCCUCUUGCUCAUCCCCUUCACCAACAAGUCCUACUUCCCCAAGAUCCUCACCUACUUCAUCGGCCUGGCCAUCGGCACCCUCUUCUCCAAUGCGGUCCUGGCACUCAUCCCAGAGGCCUUAGGGUUUGACCCCAAGGUGGAUGACUACACUACCAAAGCCAUCGGGAUUUUUUUUGGAUUCUACGCUCUCUACUUUAUGGAGAAAGUCCUCAAAAUGGCACUGAAGAUCGACAUGGAGCCUGGCCAUGGACACAGUCACUUUGUCCCUCAGGACUCUCCUCAGCUGGGUUCCCAUCAGAACGGAGACGUGGGGGAGAAGAGCGAGGUCGUCGCUGUCACCAGCUUCGGCAGCACCUCCAGUGACAGUGGACUCACUCCCAGCCCACAGCCCGUAAGCCACCCGGAGGAGGCCGUGGUAGGGUCGCGGACAUCCUGCCGCUGGCUGCGAGGCAACAGCAUGUCGAGCAUCAAGACGGUGGCCUGGAUGAUCACGCUGAGCGACGCGCUGCACAACUUCAUCGACGGCCUGGCCAUCGGCGCCUCCUUCACCGUCUCUAUCCUCGCCGGCUUCAGUACCUCCAUCGCCAUCGUCUGCGAGGAGUUCCCUCACGAGCUGGGUGACUUUGUGAUCCUUCUGAAUGCGGGCAUGAGCAUCCCCCAGGCCGUCUUCUUCAACCUGCUGUCGGCCAUGUCCUGCUACAUCGGCCUGGUGAUCGGCAUCCUCAUCGGCAGCACCUUCGCCCCCAACGUCAUCUUCGCCCUGGCCGGGGGCAUGUUCCUCUACAUCGCCCUGGCGGACAUGUUCCCAGAGAUGAACAGCAUUGCCAGUGCUGAGAAGAGCACCAAAGCCCAGGUGAUCUUCUUCCUGAUCCAGAAUGCCGGCAUCCUCACCGGCUUCCUCACUAUCCUGCUCAUCACCAUGUUCGCAGGGGACAUCAACCUCGGCUGACCCCAAGGAACUCUUACUUGAACAGGGGUGCAUUUCUGGAAAGCGUAGUUGGUAACUAUGCUAGCUACUUUGUUGGUUGCAAUGCAAUUUCCCAUUGGCAACUACCGAAGUUGCAAACUCCUAACAACUAUGCUUUCCAGAAAUGGAACUCUACUUGAACAGCUCUCUUUUUCCAAAACGCUAUGAACGCCAUUUUAUUACAACUUCCACAAGUCACUUUUUUAAAUUAAAGAUUCAAGAUGUAUUUAAUAAUAGUACAUUUGUCCUGGACAUGCAAACAAACAGCCACAUAAAAGAAAACACAACUCUGACAGUAUGUUAAGGUAGAAUUGGGGAAUUGGAAUGGGGUUGUGUCAUCAGAUUUUUCCUGACCAAAUUCCAAAUAAGAAAACAAUGAUUUUACUGACAAUAACUGAGAAGUGCAAUAAAAAUGCAUCUUAAAAAAAAUGAAAAUGGGUCCAUAGCGUUUUGGAAGAUAUCUCUUAAAUUUUAAAUAUCUGCUACAAUCUUUGCCAUGUUACAAGUAUGGGCCUCGAUAUUCACUUGCCCUUGCAGUGUCCAAGGCCUGACUCAUGUAGAUAUGUAUUGAGGUGUUAUACUAUGUACUGUGCCAUUAUGAUCACUACACACAAUUGCACUUUAAUUCAGUUUUAAUCGUCACUGCUGCAGUAGUUUGUGAAAAUCUUUUUUUUUUAAUCAAAAGCUAACAGGUAAUGAUUGUAUCAACAGAAUGAGUGUUUGUACAAAUAAACACAAGUUGUGUACCAUGUAUAUAUAGGCACAAUAUUUUAAUGCAUUAUUUAAAUAUUAUUAAGUUUGUAACCAAAUUAAUCACUUUGUGUGAUAUUUUAUACCACACCAUGUUGAAAAUGUAAAACUACUGAAUCAAACUGAAAUUCAGAUAUUUUUUCAUAUUUAAUGCCAGACUUUAAAGGUGCACUGUGUAAUAUUUUUAGUUGUUCAUUUUCAUAAUUCAUGCUGUCCAUUCACAGAUGUUAUCUUUUUAACAAAGACUUACCACCACCAUGAAAUUCUGAGCCUAUUAAUUAUGACUGGGAAAACUGCAUUUUACAUACAUGAAAAGGGGAUCUUGUCCAUAGCAAAACCUACCGUAGUUUGGUCAUACUUGGAAAUAGUUUACUUGUAAGGUUUACUAUUUAUUAAUAUUCAUUAAAAGAUCAAUUUUGGCAAUAGGCAGCACAGUUGUAAUGAGCAGCAUAGUUGCUAUACCUACUCUGACCACAAUCUUACUCGCUGCACCUUUAAAUAAUCUUUUAAGAAAGUUUCUACAGCUAAUUGUUUUACUUUUGUUUAGUCAAACCCUCAUACUGUACUGUAUCAAUAAAGUCAACCAAUAUACAUUUAAUACAAAGUAUAAAUCUUGGACUUCUGUAGUUUUCA